ACAGCAAUGGUUCCUCCCACUCGGAGCUUCCGCACCGCUUCUUCAACUGCUGUCAGAUAACAAGGAUCACAGCCGCAAGUUAGCGCUAUGUUAUCACGAUCCAGAUGUGCAUACAGGACGGUUGGUCGCUCCCUGUCAGCGGUGAGCCAGGCCAAUAAUGUGCUGGUCCGACAAAGUGUAUCAGGCCUACCUGUCUGCAGCCAGAUAGUUUACAGGAAUUCUCAGCCAUGUGAAUUUCCAUCAUCGGGGAAUGUCUUCCACAUCAGAUACUUCAAGACAUCUGCUGUCCACAGGGACGAGUUGGUCACAGUCAAAACUCCUGCGUUUGCAGAAUCUGUUUCAGAGGGGGACGUGAGGUGGGAGAAAGCUGUGGGCGACUCAGUGACAGAAGAUGAAGUGGUGUGCGAAAUUGAGACAGACAAGACCUCAGUACAAGUCCCCGCUCCAGCAUCUGGUGUCAUUGAGGAACUGCUGGUGCCUGAUGGAGGGAAAGUAGAAGGAGGGACGCCGCUCUUCACACUCCGGAAAGGAGUCGUUGCUGCCAAAGCUGCUCCUGCCCCGGCUGCAGAGGCCCCGGCUGCAGCAGCCCCUCCAACCCCACCACCACCUCCAGCCCCCACUGCCAUGCCUCCAGUGCCACCACAAGCUGCCCAAGCCAAACCUAUUUCUGCCAUCAAGCCCACAGUUGCAGCUCCAGCUCCACCUCUUCCAACACUAGGGGGCAGAGGAGAAAACAGGGUGAAGAUGAACCGCAUGAGGUUGAGGAUCGCCCAGAGGUUAAAGGAGGCCCAGGACACCUGCGCCAUGUUGACCACCUUCAACGAGGUGGACAUGAGCAACAUUCAGGACAUGAGGAAACUCCAUAAGGAUGCAUUCUUGAAGAAGCACAACAUCAAGCUGGGUUUCAUGUCGGCGUUUGUGAAGGCUGCUGCACACGCUCUGUCUGACCAGCCUGCUGUCAAUGCCGUUAUCGAUGAUUCUACCAAAGAGAUCGUCUACAGGGAGUACGUAGACAUUAGUGUCGCUGUGUCGACUCCAAAGGGGCUUGUCGUACCGGUGAUCCGGAAUGUAGAGACCAUGAACUUCGCUGACAUUGAGAAAACCAUUAAUGCAUUGGGAGAAAAGGCUCGUGGCAAUCAGCUAGCUGUUGAAGAUAUGGACGGAGGCACCUUCACCAUCAGCAACGGCGGCGUGUUUGGCUCCAUGUUUGGCACACCCAUCAUCAACCCCCCACAGUCUGCCAUCCUCGGCAUGCAUGGCAUCUUCGAUCGCCCCGUGGCCAUCAAUGGCAAGGUUGAGAUCCGCCCCAUGAUGUACGUGGCUCUGACAUACGACCACCGACUGGUCGACGGCAGAGAGGCGGUGACUUUCCUCCGCAAGAUCAAAGCAGUGGUGGAAGACCCACGAGUGCUGCUUCUGGACAUGUGAUGUUCCUACAGCCACGUUACUCUUAUUUAAAGCUGCAUAAAAUGAACUCCACCUCACAAAACACGCACAAAUCGUACAAAAUUGCCUACACAACUGUGGUUGUCCCUUUAUCUGUUCAGAAUGCAGGAGGAUAUCACACUAACACCCAUACGGUUGUGAGAUAUAUUGUACUAUCUUAAGCAAGGAAUACACUUCAAUUGGAAUCAGAUUGGCGAACGCAUGCUUAAAAUGUUUAAGAUACGGGUGUGUUAUUAUACCCAUGUGCUCUUCAGAUGAACAUAUGAAGCAGUAGAAACAAAAUGGCUUGUCCUGGCAACAAUUGUCUUCAUGACUUUCUCCCCUUCUCGUUAGUCGGGAGUUCCUGAGCCACUUUUUCCACAGCAGGGCAAAGCGGAGCUCACUCAGAUUAGUUCAAGAUGUUUUUGAAUGUUAACACAGGAUUGAGAGAAUUCCUUGGUUUCCGGUUUGAAACUGUUACUAGCAACAGUCUGGAUUAAAGAAUCAGCAACCAUGGUUAAAUCGCGCAUAUACCCGUGCCAUGUCUGGAGGAGACUCCCGUUGUAUUCCUGCUUCGCAUAUUCAUCCAUGUCUUGCAUCCUUUUUCUUUACACCUGCAUUGCAGAUCCUUUGACCAUUUAAGUCUAAAAAUGUUGAUCAAAUUGUUACAAGCGUUUAGUAAAACAGACGUACAGGAACUCACUGUUCAGCCAUACAAACACAAUCUAAACUCUAUGUUUUUUACAGUAAAUUGUUAAUUUUUGGGCAAUAUGUUGGGAGAAAGGUUCAAAACGCACAGUUUGGCAGCAGGUUUUUUAUGUUUAGCUUCAAUGUUGGAUGAGAUUUUCAUUAUGCUAUCCUAUAUAUAGAAUACUUGUAUCUAUUUAAAGAAACAAUUUUAAACAUUAAACAUCUCAUGUUCUGAAA